CGGAAACUGGUCUUUUGCUGUGAUUUUGUACAACUAUAUACAAAGAUAAAUACUGCUGGAUGCUUUAAUAAAUCAAUAUAAAGUAUUUAGUUGAACGCGGGUAUUUUGCAGAUUUUGCAAAUCCAUAGUGGAAAAGCUUUGUUUAAAAUUUUUUUUGACAUUGGUACGUUUUAUGCCCUCAAUUAUUUUAUUUUACAGUUGGCGACAUGUUUGUUUUUGUUCUUAUUUUGAAAUCAGUUAAUUUUCUUAAUGUGAACUGAAUUAUUGUCGUUACUGUAGUUGUUUAAGGAAACAGAAAUUUCAUUAAAUUGUCAAAAUGGGUCUUCUGACAAUUAUAAGGAAGAUGAAGCAGAGAGAAAAGGAAAUGAGAAUUUUGAUGUUAGGUCUGGAUAACGCGGGCAAGACAACGAUACUGAAGAGGUUCAACGGUGAGUCGAUAGACUCCGUGUCCCCAACGCUGGGGUUUAACAUCAAGACAUUUGAGUUCAAGGGGGUGAUGCUGAACGUGUGGGACGUGGGCGGGCAGAAGUCGCUGCGCUCGUACUGGAGGAACUACUUCGAGGCAACGGAGGGGCUCAUCUGGGUGGUCGACAGUGCGGACAAGCGUCGGCUGGACGACUGCCGGCGGGAGCUGCACGAGCUGGUCAACACGGAGAAAUUGUUUGGAGCUUCUUUAUUGAUUUUGGCCAACAAACAGGAUUUGGCAGGUGCUCUAAGUGUGGAGGAAAUUAAGGAGGUACUGGAACUGGAGAAGAUCAGCAACCGGCAGUGGAACGUCCUCAGCUGCAGUGCUAUGUCGGGAGAGAACCUGCUCGAAGGCAUUGACUGGCUCGUCAGCGACAUCGGAGCGCGAAUGUUCAUGCCUGAUUGACCACUUGACUCCGUUUCUGUGAUUGAGCUGCUGUCUGAGCCCUGACAUUUAUUGUAAAUAAACUCUUUGUACUCUU